UCCACCGCCAGUUUUAUCCGCCAUCAUUGUUAGUGGCACUGAAGCCUAUGAGGAGUAUGAGGAAGACCACCAGCGCAGUGUCAAGGAGUACCUUAACGGGUGGCAGUAAAUGUUUCCCGGGCAGCAAUCAUGGUUCAGACUUGCUCUGCGUACGGUUGUAAGAACCGAUACCACAAAGACAAAGACAUUUCCUUCCACAAAUUCCCUCUGGCACGUCCAGAUAUUUGUGGAAAAUGGGUAGCUGCAAUGAGGAGGAACAACUUUAAACCAACAAAGUACAGCAAUAUCUGCUCACAGCACUUCACCAAAGACUGUUUCAAGAGGGAGUGCAACAACCGAGUGCUGAAGGAGAACGCUGUGCCCUCGCUCUUCACCUUCAACCUCAACAUUAAGUCAGAGUCCAUGGAGGAUCCCUUUCCCCCAGAGAUUGACUUCCCACUCUCUCUCCCUCUGACCUCUGAACCAAUUUUGGAAGAAGAGCCUGAGAGCAGCCUUCCCAGUACCAGUGGUGACACAACUGCAGUCUCUUGUGACCAUAACUACACAGCAGAGGACUCGGCACAACAGAAGAGGCGUAUUGAGCAGCUAGAGAACCAGCUAGAGCGUCUGAGGAAGAAGCUGAAAACAACGCAACAAAAGUGUCGGAGACAAGAGAGACAGCUCAAAAGAAUGAAGUUUGAUUCCAAGCCGCCCAGGACUAGCUGUGAGCGGGCACCAGCAUUUGGUGAGGGAUAUGUGAUUUUACCCAAACACAUCUAUCACACACUCAAAGGCAUGGAGUGACUAGGAGGAGAAUAAGACAAUUUGGUCAAAUUGUACAGCUGAUUUAAUCCAUGCAAGCCACCCAGACUGUUGAGAAUUUCUUUAUUUACACAGCAAACCCAUGAGAAUUACCCUUUUUCCAGAAUGUAAAUGGAUUCCAGGUCAGUAUUAGUUGUAUCUAAUUUGGUUGUUACAGCAAAUGUACAGAUGAACAGAUUUUUGUUAUUUCUUAAUUAUUUUUUUUUUGUUGUUGUUGUUGUUUGGUUGUUUUGGCUGAAGUGAAAUUUAUUUUGAAAUCAAAACUGCUGGGAAAAUUAUAACUUGAAUCUUUCUAAAAAGAAAAAAAAAUGUCAUAUUGGGGAUUUAACAGUUUGUUCAUGAAUACCUUUGUCUUUAAUGCUUGCCUUUCUCAGUUUUUCAUUACAUAAACAGAUAAAACGUGUGUGGUGUGUGUGUACAAGACUGCAUGUUUUUAUUCAUUCAGAAUCCUUGAAACAGCUGCUUAUGUGCAAUAAACUGUCAUCACUGCGA